AUGCUACAGCGGAUGGCUGAUGCCUCAAACUUCAACGAGAACUCUGAAAUGGAUGAUUCAUUCCAGAUGUCGUUUACACAUGUCCGAAGUUCUCCUCGCGGUUGUGGCAAAAAUAGAAAGAUGAAACCUGGCCAUUCUGGGACUUUCAAACGCAUGAAGCAAACUGUGGUCACCAUUUAGAAAGAGAACAGCCUGUGUUGUGCUCGUGCCAUUGCUACUGCUAAAGUUAUGGUGAAUGGUAAUCCGAGCCGGAAAGGUUUUCAGGUUGGUGGAAGAAUUCUGUGUCAAGUGGCCCGGCACUUCGCGCCAAAGCUAACGUUCCAUUCAGUCCAUGUGGCUACAAGGAACUGUCCAGAUUUGCAUUGGCUCCCAGUUUGUGCGAUUACCAACUUUACUAGUCGAUGCCACUCGCGGUUAUCUCGUGAUGUCGUAUCGACCUGUGCGGGAAAAACAACUGGUCCUAUUGUACGACAAAAAUCAUUACGAUGUCAUCACGUCUUUUGCCUGGUCUCUUUGGAGCUAGCAAUUUUCUUCGUUGUGCUUCAAAUCGUACAAUGA